AUGGGAGUCCCACGACGUCACGUCCUACCACAGCCCGUAUGUGUCCUACCGCGUGUGCCAUGCGUGUGCCAUGCAUACAUGCAUUCUGAUCCCUGCACUCUCAUUUACGUGGAUGCUCUGCUGUCGGAGUUUCGCCUCCUGCUGCAGCGACUCAACCACCUCGGCAUUCCAGUCCAGGUGCAGCAUCAGCUGGUGCAGUUCGCAAUGGAGGCAGUAGCAGACGUGCUUGUGGAGGGCUUCUCUCGAGUCAAGCGCUGCUCCAAUGAGGGCCGCGCGCUCAUGUCUCUCGACCUGCAGACGCUGAUCAACGGCUUGCAGCAGCUCACAGGACGACGCCCAGACAUGCAAAUUGUUGAUACGUACAUCAAGGUCAGAUCAUGGAGUAUUUUCUUUUCUCCGGGCACGUACAUCAAGUGUCCACUCACGGGGAGCAAACAGCCGUCUUUGAGAAUUCUCAAAAACCAACUCACGGGGAGCAAACAGCCGUCUUCAACAGCCGUGUUUACUGCCGUCUUCAACAGCCGUGUUUACUGCCGUCUUCAACAGCCGUGUUUACUGCCGUCUUCAACAGCCGUGUUUACUGCCGUCUUCAACAGCCGUGUUUACUGCCGUCUUCAACAGCCGUGUUUACUGCCGUCUUCAACAGCCGUGUUUACUGCCGUCUUCAACAGCCGUGUUUACUGCCGUCUUCAACAGCCGUGUUUACUGCCGUCUUCAACAGCCGUGUUUACUGCCGUCUUCAACAGCCGUGUUUACUGCCGUCUUCAACAGCCGUGUUUACUGCCGUCUUCAACAGCCGUGUUUACUGCCGUCUUCAACAGCCGUGUUUACUGCCGUCUUCAACAGCCGUGUUUACUGCCGUCUUCAACAGCAGUGUUUACUGCCGUCUUCAACAGCCGUGUUUACUGCCGUCUUCAACAGCCGUGUUUACUGCCGUCUUCAACAGCCGUGUUUACUGCCGUCUUCAACAGCCGUGUUUACUGCCGUCUUCAACAGCCGUGUUUACUGCCGUCUUCAACAGCCGUGUUUACUGCUGUGUUCACUCACGGGGUGCCGCCCAGACAUGCAGAUUGUUGA